CACUGUGGCGAUGGGAUUCGAGUUCGAGCUUAACCCUAGGAUAACUCUUGAAGUGAUGGUCUCCGAAUCCCAUCUUCAACCUCCGAGUGUUGCACUCCAAUAUCAAUGUUCAAGGGCUCAGUGUCUCAUUAGAGUUUACGGUGAUGUCUACUCCAAAAAAAAUGGUGUAUCUUUUGCGUUUCGUCCUUCUUCUUUCGUCUAGUUACUCGGAUUUUUACCCUCAAAUUACUUUUUUUUUACUUGUUGGCCUCGGCUAGUUAUUGGGCCAAUUGUUUCUAUAGUGGGCCGUGUAUUACAGACAGACACACCUAAACGACGACGGGUCGAGAGGAUAAAUAAAUGGGAAUAUUCUCGGAAACAUUGAUGUGAUUCCAAAUAUUUUAUUCCCAAUUUGGUGAUGGAUACAUUUCAAGGCAAGUCCGAAGGCCUGGAACCACAAUUGGCAUCGAAGGAUCUUCAGGCGUCGAAGCCGAUAAUUUCAUCAUCUUCUUCGUUAUCAGAGCGUCGAUACAAGAGUGGCAGAAAGAUACCUAUUAUUGCUAUUGAAUGCCGUAGAUGCUUAUCAGUCUCUUCUCCGGUAGUUAUUGCCGACCCUUGCAUGCACAGAUUCUGCGUGAAAUGUAUCUUAUUCCUCUGGGGACGCCAGAAACGUAGAGAACCUUGUGUAUGCCCCCUUGAUGGAGAAAAGAUGAUUUGCUUACAUCCUCCUAUGAACAUUGCCGAAUCUGCGGCUGAGGAGAUUACUGGCCUUGUCGACGUUUAUAAUCCUAUGUUCAAUCCACGCCAUUACAUGGACAUGGCCGAGACACAACUUGCGCGGACAUUUACACGGUUUUACUGUUUGGAUCUCACUCUCCUACUCAUGGGGGCACUUGCGUACUGCUUCAAGUGUUCUAAAGCCUCCCGCACUUAGAAGUCUCUAUUUUAAUUCUCUUGGAACGACUUUAUGAGUAUGUUAUAAUUAAACUAUUUUAAUCCUGAAUUCUGGUUAUGGAUCUGUGUCAUUUUGGUCAAACUCAUCAUGUCUUUUUCUCCGAUAUCCAUCCAUUCCUAACCUUGUUACUAUUAUCUAUCAGUCUUUUUGAUAAUUAAUAC